AUGAAGACGCUCUCAUGCAACGCGACGAGCAAACUGGAGCGGCUGGGACUGCUGGCGUCGCUCAUGGAUUCCGAUGGGAUGCGUCCACCUAUUGAUGGCUGUGAUGUUAUGCUCUUGACACUAGGUGACCGAAGAGGAGACGCUUGGGUUCAAUUCCUUGCAGCAGCACCGAAGGAGGCCAUGGAGAAGCUGAUUGAAGCAGCCAUGGACGCUGACGCUCUCACUGAGGAAGCAGCCGCAUUGAAUGAACGCAAGAACGUUCACUGGCUGGAGAUGUGCUCAAGAAUUUUCAUGUACAGCCCGUAUGGUCAGGCCAACACUUUGGGCGAACAACUGGCCAUUCGGUGCAUCAAAGAGCAUCUAGACACCGUGGACCCGGAGGGCGAGUUCUCCCACGUUUCGGAUCGCAUUUGGCGCGAGAGCAUCAGUGGGAAAAUGUCGGAAUUGGUCAAGAAAGUACGUUACUACGACGAUGGGUCGCUUGAAGAUUUGGACUAUCAGGGUGAAGACUUGGCAAUGCGGCUUUUGAGAAAGCCGUCCGAGAUUGAGUCAAUCGAAGAAACCGGCUCGCUGGAAGUCAUACGGUGCAGACCUUUGAUACCUGAGGAGGUGGCGGAUGUCCGCGGUAGUCUACCGGUAGAGUGGUUGCCGCUGCUGCCGGAAACAGGCCGGGACCGCGAUGUGGAGAGCGGCCUGGAUCGUGGUUCCAACGGACAAACCAACGACCCUCGCUGGGAAUGUGACGACCUCAGAAGCUUUGUUGAAUACUUCGGCAGUGACCACGUCGACAGUGACUACCACACGAUAUCCGAGUCGUUUCAACACCAGGUUGACUGA